AUGAGUGCCCCCGUGCGUCCCCACCUGGAGGUCUGCCUCUGGCUGUGGUUGGGUGUCACUCUGGGACGUGGUCAGGGACAAGCGAGCGGCCGCCUGAGGCUGGCCGUGCUGCCCGAGGACAGGCUGCAAAUGAAAUGGAAGGAGUCGGAUGGGAGUGGCCUUGGUUACCUGGUGCAGGUGAAGCCCAUGGCAGGAGACUCGGAACAGGAGGUAAUGCUGACCACCAAGACCCCCAAGGCCACGGUCGGGGGCCUGAGCCCCUCCAAAGAGUACACCGUGCAAAUCUUCGAGCUCACUGGCUCAGGGAAUGUCCUGCUGGCUCACAGGGAGUUUGUGAUUGAGGAUUUGAAGAGUAACUCCAUGAGCAGGAGCAGCCGGAGGACACUGGGGACAGCUCUGGGGCCCAUGCCCUCCCACGUGGGGAGCCCAGACCCUGAGCCCCAAGUCACCUUGGCCCCAAGCCAAGACCCGCCCAGUUUGGCCGGGCCCCAGUUCCGCUGCAUGCCCCCCACACCUGCGGACAUGAUCUUCCUGGUGGACGGGUCCUGGAGCAUUGGCCACAGUCACUUCCAGCAGGUCAAAGACUUCCUGGCCAGUGUCAUUGAGCCCUUUGAAAUCGGGCCGGACAAAGUCCAAGUAGGCCUGACUCAGUACAGCGGAGACCCCCAGACCGAGUGGGACCUGAAUGCCUUCGGCACCAAGGAGGAGGUGCUGGCUGCGGUGCGGAAUCUUCACUACAAAGGGGGGAACACGUUCACAGGCCUGGCCCUCACCCACGUGCUACAGGAGAACCUGAAGCCCACAGCCGGUCCCCGUCCAGAGGCAGCCAAGGUGGUGAUUCUAGUGACAGACGGCAAGUCCCAGGACGAUGUCCAUGCUGCCGGCCGCGUCCUCAAGGAUCUGGACGUUGACGUCUUUGCUGUGGGCGUGAAGAAUGCCGACGAAACCGAGCUGCGGCUGCUGGCGUCCCGGCCACUGGACAUCACUGUCCACAACGUGCAGGACUUCCCCCAGCUCGGCACGCUGGCCGGCCUGCUCAGCCGCCUCAUCUGUCAGCAGGUCCAGGGCAGGAGCCCGCAUGGGGGCUCAGCUGCCGCUCCCGCCCUGGACCCCCUCUCCACUCCCGCCAGCCUGGUCCUGAGCCAGCUGACCUCCUCCAGCGUCCGCUUGUCCUGGACUCCAGCCCCGCGGCCGCCCCUCAAGUACCUGGUCGUGUGGCGCCCUUCUAGGGGCGGCGUCCCCAGGGAGGUGGUGGUGGAGGGGCCCAGCUCGUCCACGGAGCUGCUCAACCUGACCUCCGGCACGGAGUACCUGGUGUCCGUAUUCCCCAUCUACAAGGCGGGUGCUGGAGAGGGCCUGCGGGGCCUGGUGACCACAGCACCGCUCCCUCCACCCCAGGCGCUCGCCCUGGCCACAGUGACACCCAGAACUGUCCGCCUCACCUGGCAGCCUUCAGCCGGGGCCACUCAGUACCUGGUGCGGUGCGCACCUGCCUCCCCCAAGGGUGAGGAGGAGGGCAGAGAGGUGCAGGUGAGGCUGCCGGAGGUGCUGCUGGACGGCCUGGAGCCCGCCAGGGACUAUGACAUCUGGGUGCAGAGCCUGAGAGGGGCAGAGGCCAGCGAGGCCCGGGGCAUCCGUGCCAGGACCUCACCCCCGGCACCCCCCAGACACCUGGCCUUCUCAGAUGUGAGCCAUGACUCAGCCCGCGUGUCCUGGGAGGGCACCCCAAAGCCUGUGCGCCUGUUCAGGGUCAGCUAUGUGUCCAGCGAGGGCGGCCACUCGGGGCAGACGGAGGCUCCUGGGAACGCCACCUCGGCCACCCUGGGCCCCCUCUCCUCCUCCACCACGUACACUGUCCGUGUCACCUGCCUCUACCCCGGGGGCGGCUCCUCCACGGUGACUGGUCGCCUGACCACACGGAAAGUCCCCAGCCCGAGCCAGCUGUCAGUGACAGAGCUCCCUGGGGAUGAGGUCCGGCUGGAGUGGGCGGCCGCAGCAGCCUCCGGCGUGCUCGUCUACCAGAUCAAGUGGACACCCCUGGGAGACGGGAAGGCCCAUGAGAUCUCCGUCCCGGGGAACCUGGGCACUGCCAUCCUGCCCGGCCUGGGGAAGCACUCAGAGUACGAGAUCACCAUCCUCGCCUACUACAGAGACGGGGCCCGCAGUGACCCCGUGUCCCUCCACUACACCCCCAUCAGCAGGAACCCGCCCUCUAACUUGGCCCUGGCCUCCGAGUCCCCCAGCAGCCUACGGGUCAGCUGGACGCCCCCGAGUGGCCGUGUCCUCCAUUACCGGCUCACCUACGCCCUGGCUUCGGGCUCAGGACCCGAGAAAUUGGUCACCGUUCCAGGACCCACGAGCCACGUGACACUCCCCAACCUGAUGGCAGCCACCAAGUACAGGGUCCUGGUCUCAGCAGUCUACGGAGCAGGGGAGAGUACGGCCGUGUCUGCCACGGGCCGGACAGCAGCCUGCCCGGCCCUCCACCUGGACGGCUCCCUCACAGGCUUUGACCUGAUGGCCGCCUUUGGCCUGGUGCAGACAGAGUACGCCUCCAUCCGCGGCGUGGCCAUGGAGCCCUCGGCAUUCGGCCCGACCAGGACCUUCACACUCUUGAAGGACGCUCAGCUGACGCGCCGGGCCAGUGACAUCCACCCGGCCGCCCUCCCACCGGAGCACACGGUGGUGUUCCUGCUGCGCCUGCUCCCGGAGACACCCCGCGAGGCUUUUGCGCUGUGGCAGAUGACAGCUGAGGACUUCCGGCCUGUGCUGGGCGUCCUGCUGGACGCCGGCAGAAAGUCCCUGACCUACUUCAGCCACGACCCCAGGGCGGCCCUACAGGAAGUGACCUUCGACCUGCCCGAAGUGAGGAGGAUAUUCUUUGGGAGCUUCCACAAGGUGCACGUGGCCGUGGGCCGCUCCAAGGUCCAGCUCUAUGUGGACUGCCGGAAGGUGGCCGAGAGGCCCAUCGGGGAGGCCAGCAGCCCACCCGCCACCGGCUUUGUCACGCUGGGGAGGCUGGCCAAGGCCCGGGGGCCCCGGAGCAGCUCAGCUGCGUUCCAGCUCCAGGUGCUGCAGAUCGUGUGUAGUGACACCUGGGCAGAGGAGGACAGGUGCUGUGAGCUUCCUGGGUCGAAGGACGGAGACACCUGCCCUGCCCUGCCUUCUGCCUGCCCCUGUUCCUGGCAGACCCCUGGGCCCCCCGGGCCCCAGGGACCUCCGGGCCUCCCCGGGAGGAACGGAGCCCCCGGACAGCAGGGCUUCCCCGGGCCCAGGGGAGAGCCCGGGCCACCUGGACAGACAGGACCCGAGGGUCCCGGAGGUCAGCAGGGGUCACCAGGCACCCAGGGCCGGACCGUCCAGGGACCCGUGGGUCCACCAGGGGUCAAAGGAGAGAAGGGAGACCAUGGGCUCCCAGGCCUGCAGGGCCACCCCGGCCACCAGGGCGCCCCUGGGAAGGUUGGCCUCCAGGGACCAAAGGGAAUGAGAGGCCUGGAGGGCACUGCCGGCCUGCCGGGACCCCCGGGCCCCAGGGGUUUCCAGGGCAUGGCAGGCGCCAGGGGGACCAGCGGGGCGCGAGGACCCCCAGGGGCUGUGGGGCCCACGGGGCUGCCGGGGCCCAAGGGCGAGCGAGGAGAGAAGGGCGAGCCACAGUCCCUGGCCACCAUCUACCAGCUCGUGAGCCAGGCCUCGCACAUGCUGAAGUUCGACUCCUUCCUCCAUGAGAGCACCAGGCCCCCCAUGCCCAUCUUGGAGGCCGCCAGGCUCCCCGGCAUGCGCAGUGAGACCCGGCUCCCCGGAGAAAGGGGACAUGGUGACCCCCGCCCUGAGGACAGAGGUGAGCCUGGAGCCCUCAGUCAGGUGGGGAGCCCUGGGCCACAGGGGAGCCAGCCUCCGGGACCCCCUGGAGGAGCAGGAGGUUCUCCGUGCUGCCCCGAGUGACCUGCACUUCAUCCUGGAGUCCCCAGACACCUGAGCUGUGGUGCCGCAGGAGCCUGGAGAGUGAGGGGAGCGGCGGGAGGCGGACGG